UCCUCAGGGGAACCUCGUAUGUAUUAUUUCCAGGACCUCAGGGUGCUGUGGGGAAAUCUUCAGGGAACUCCCAGGGAUUAUCAUCUGAUCCAUCAACAUUAUUCCUCUGCACAUUUCCAUUGGAAGCAGGAAAAAAACUUUGCCAUCUGCCACCAGUUGGAAGGGAGAGCUCCCAGUGCUGGCGGACCUGUGCAGUCACUCUGGGGCUUCAAUUGUAAUUCUUUUCCAUUUCUUCCUCCCUCCCCUUCCUCUUCACUGUGUUAAUCUGCCUGAUCUUUAUUCUACCCCCCUUCUUCCCCCCUCUGCUCCUUCUUCUUAUCGUACAGCAACAAUAGGCACUGCUAUUAAACUGCUCCACCAUGGAGUUCUCUGAAAGGAAAAGGAGCAGGAAAUCCCAGAGCUACAAGCUGGUGAAGCCAGACUUCCACCCUGAAAUCUUUAAAGCUGCAGACUAUAGUGACAUUAAUGGAGAAUCUAUUGACUCUCAGCAUUUUUCAGGGGAUGAAGGUAUGGAAAUCAAGAAACAGAUCACUGGCAUGAGGAGAUUGCUGAAUGACAGCACUGUGCGGGUUUACCAGCGUGUCAUCAAAGAAGGGGAGAAACUUAAGGAGGAGCGUCACGACUUGGAUAUGAGCUGGACUGGGAGUUUGAGCCCUCCAUGUGCUGCUGAUGAUCCCAUUCAUCCAGCACAAGCUCCAUGGAAUAACAUGCCAAUUCAAGCCAGCGAGUUUUCAGGGCAGUAUGGAACUCGCUCUAAGAGUGUGCAGAAUCAUGUGAAAAAUCCUGGAUCUAAUGGUGAUUUACCAUUGGUGAAUUCUGCGACAGAGACAAAGUGUUGCACGUGUAACUGUCAACCUACUCUGCAGGCCAUCCUACAGGAGCUCAAAGCAAUGAGGAAAUUUAUGCAAGUGCAAGCAGUAGCACAAAGUCGGCAGCAGAUUCCCCAGUCUUGUGUUUGCUCCCAGAAGGCAGUUCUAUCAAGGAAACGAAUAAUAAAGAAGAAAGUAAUUCCCAAGAACACAGUGGUGACCCCAGUUCAUAGUGUACACAGCAUGAACGUAAGGGAGCAUAAAACUGUGGUACUUCCAGAAAGGGCAGGUCUGUUACAAGCAGAGCACGUCAAGAAAGAAGAAAAUCAUGUGCCUGGAUUUGGUAUUGUUGUCAACUCGUCGUCUUCCGAUCCAGACGUACAGUUGGCUGAAGGGUUUGACGUCUUCAUGGCAAAAUCCCAGCUCGAUUCCAUACUGUCCAAUUACAAGAGGUCAGGGAGCCUACUCUUUAGAAAACUUGUCUGUGCUUUCUUUGAUGAUAAAACUUUGGCAUCAUCCCUACCCAAUGGAAAACGGAAACGUGGACUCAAUGACAACAGGCAAGGAUUGGAUCAAAAUAUUGUGGGAGCAAUAAAAGUUUUCACAGAGAAAUACUGUGCUGCUAACAAUGUGGAAAAGGUCCCUGGCCCACGACAUUGGGUACAAAUCCUGCAGGAUCAGAUCAAACUUGCCCGGCGCAGAUUAAAAAGAGGCUGUGAUUUAGGAAAUCCUCUGCAAACCACUGAUAAUGAGAUGUGGCUUCAUUCUAAGGCGGGGUAUUAAGUCACAUGAAUGAAGUGUCA